AUGAUUGCUUUGGUACUCUUUCUUUCUCUCUUUCCAUUUGCUUCUGUCUCAUCAUAUCCUAAUAAUUGUCCAAAAUGUGGCACAAUGGAUGUUCCAUACCCUCUAAGUACUAGUGAUGAUUGUGGUAAUCCUAACUACAAAGUUUAUUGUAACAAUGACACCUUAGAGUUCUUGUCAUCUGUAGGAUUUUAUUACAAAAUCCUCAGUAUCAAUCCAUAUACAUCUAGGUUUAUCAUUCGCCCUCCUUUCAUCUCUUGCCAAUCCUGUGAUCUUUCUCUGGGUGGCUUUAAGAUUGAUGAAAAUUCUCCUUUUAACGUAUCUUCGCGAAACAUGAUCAUGUUAUUUAAUUGUUCUGAGAAUAUUUUCUUGUUCCCAUUGAACUGUUCUUCGAGCAGCCCGUGUAGGCGGUUCGAGGAGGCGAAUCAAGGAAGGAACUGUAAGAACACAUUGUGUUGCAGUUACUUGAAAGAUGCAUCCGUCACUUCGCAUAGAAUUAGGAUUAGAGAUGGAGGAUGCACUGCUUAUAUAUCUCUGGUGGAUUUUAAGACAGAAGAGUCUAUCAAUGCAUGGCGUUAUGGCAUUGAGCUACAGUGGAUACCCCCAAACUAA